GACCCACUAACAUUCUCCUCAGUUACUCGGCGGCGCGGCGGCCUCGAUCCGCCGAGUAUCUCUCAGUACAAAGAGAAUCCGCGAAAUUACGUCGGAAGAACGCGGCGUGAAUUCGGCAAAAAAUUUAAUUAAAAAACAAGACGAAAAAAAUAUGCGUCGAAAUCGCGGUCUCCUGUUAUCGCUCACGUGUCUGACGAUAGUCCUCGUCAUUCUGAACACGCGGUCAUCGACGGAGUUACUCGGGUUCGCGAUUACCGCCGAGAAACGCGACGACGGCGGCGCGUCGAAGGAGCAGGAAACGUCGCGUGCCGAUGAUCGAUGGAUCACUCGCAAUCAGACGCAGCGGUACGUCACACCGUCUCUCGCUGAAUUGGGUGACUUGCCGUACAAGCAAAAGUACAUACUCAUGCUGACACGCAUACCCGGCGCGGGCGCCGAGUUGAUGGUGCUGAUCCUGCAGCGGUUGCAAGGAUACAACGCUUUCAAGCACAUACGUCUGCCGCCGGGCGAUCACGGACUCUUGUCGAGUUCGCGGCAGGAGCUACUGGUGGAAGAGAUCACGAGUAUCAUCAGACAAGAAGCUAUUCCUUUAACUUUCGACGGGGACGUAAGGUUUCUGAAUUUCUCGGAAUUCGGACGGCAAGGGCCUACCUUUAUAUCUUUAGUGAGAGAUCCGCUGGAUCCACGAAUCUGGCAAAGGUAUGAAAAGGGAGAGGAAGGAAUGCGCUAUCACGGAGCGAUACCUUACUUUUGUGGGCAGGAUCCGCGUUGUGCGGAACAAAAUUACACGUGGGCGAUGGAGCGAGCUAAAGCAAAUGUUAUUCGAUGGUAUCCUGUUGUUGGCGUACUGGAUUACAUGGAGGAGUCGCUAAACGCGCUUGCAGUGGAAUUUCCUUAUUUUUUUAAGGGCGCUAUCCGUGUCUAUGAUCAUUUUCGACCAAAAGAGAAGCACCCGGCCAUUUCAAGACUACGAGUUAAAGACGCAGCCUUGAGAAAAGGGCUCGCACAAGAGGUAGAGUUUUAUCAAUGGCUCAAGUCUCGACUUCUCAACAAAACUUUCAACAAUGGCUGAAAAUACGAUAAAAACAGAAAAAUCGACUGUAAGAAACUAAUAAUUUUGAGCAACAAUCCUAGCGCGUUAAAAGGAUUAAAGUGGAGAGAAAGUUUAAAAAGUCAUCUCUUAUUUAUAAUCUCAUAAUUAUUGUACCAAAGAAACAAAUGUGAACUUCUCGUGCCAUCUAGAGGUUGAUUCUGCAACUACGUACACCAUCCUACGUGGAGGAUAAAUUCAUUGGCGACUACGUUAUAACGCAAAUGCACGCAACUUUUAUCGAUUGUAGCGCAAAUCGUCUCGUUAGAAUAAUCAUAUAACAAUUGCAGUAGAGCGUAUUCGCAAAUGACGAAGCCGCUACAAUCCUUUCACGUCAAUGUAAUUUAAUAUUUAGUAGAAUAAAUACAGAAGAGUACAAA